UCUUCGCCCAUUAGGAGCUCUCCUCCAAUGUGUGGAGUGUUCAUCCCCGCAUCGGAGUUUGGCUUGGAUUGAAGUUAGAGUGAUCCGAACAAGUGUAGGCCUCGUGGAUUGCCGUUUUUGUAACGAAGUCGAGCCGGCUCGUUCCCUCUGAUAUAUCUCGGCGUCCGGUGAUCCCGAACUGCCAAAGCCCCAGUUUCACCAUGGAAUCCGCAUCCCCGUGCUCCUUCCCCGGCGACGCCGAGGCCGACGCCAUCGCCGUCGAGGAGGCCAUUACCACCCUGACGAAAGCCGACAUGGAGGAGUUGAUGCUCCACGUCCGCCGCUUCUAUGCCAUGCUGCACGGCAUCCACCCGCGCAAGCGUGUCCGCGCGACCUUCGUCAAGUACGAUCCAGCACGGCAGUCCACGGCGUUCAACUCAGGGCCGGCGGAGAUGCCGUUCGACCCACUGGCGCAGCACAAGCGCAGGUUCAGCCGGCCGCUGCCUCGCCCAUCCCGGUCGCGGCCGGUGCGGAGCUCGCCGCCUCGGCCGCUCCCACGGAGGGACCAAGACGACUGGAAGGCCCCGCCCUGCGUUGACAACCGGAAGAACCCCGGCAAGCGGCAACCGGCGUCGUCGGCUGGCGUGGGGACGCUGGACGAUCAGAUAGUCCGCAACUUCGGCAGGCUCGCCGAGGCGCUGGACGCCGCGGAGAAGGAGGCCUUCCUGAUACGGAACAAACCGGACGAGGGGUCCUCCGGAGGAGCACCUGUACGGGCAGCGGCCGGCAAGAGGGAGAGGCCAGUGGAGUUCGACUUCGACGAGCCGGAGCAGAGCGACGACCCCUUCGACCUCGAUCAGUUCAUGUCUAAGUUUGCUUGUUUGGGCAUGGAUGAUUUCGAUCUCGACGAACUGCUAGGAUCGAUGCUACAUAUCCGAUAGUAUGGUGAGGAUUCAGCCUGCAUGUGUUCAUUGCCGGUAAUGUCAGUAGUGCUUCAUCUAAUUUAUUUAUGCUGUAUCGUAACUUCAUUCUGUGCUGCCUAAUUUAUGCUGUAUUGUUACUUCAUUUAAUUUUGUACAUUCUUGAACAGUAGUUGCUGCUGCUCGAUCCAGCUGAUGAUGCAAUGGAAAGCCACAGUAAAGGAUGAUUUUGUCAAAAUACAUCGAAAGACGGUCCUAAUUGCCAGGACAGAGGAAUUAAGCAAGAUGCAUGGUACUGCGCUUGUGAUAAUUUCGAUAAGAGGAA